GGUACCUACCCCGGCCCGCCCGCUCGCCCGCCUCCGCAAUUCGGCGCCCGCUGGAGCAUCAUCGCAUGCCCGUCAGCCCGUUACAUAACGCACUGCUGCCGCUGCCGGCAAAUUGAACUGACUAAACUGAGAUCGUGAUAAUUACCUAGGUACUGACUUGUAACUUUCCACUUCCAUUGGACUGCCACGACAUAUUUUCUUUCCCUCUCUCUCUCUCUCUCUCUCUCCGUUACCAGACCACCACCACCACCACCACCACCACCACCGACACUACCACCGACAUCAUAAACAUAAUGCUGUCCGCCCCAACAAGACGUUCCAUCGCCCGCCUCUCCGCCGGCGCGGUAAAGUCUAUCGGCUCUAGCGGUACCACUCCCGUUGCCUGUACCUUUAGUGUUACGAACGCGACUUUGCGCAAGGCUGCUGCUGCUGCUGCUACUACUGCUGCUGCUGCUCAACAACCACAAGUCCCGGCGCAAAGAGCUUUCUCGACUGCUGUGCGCCCAAGAAACACAACAAGAACAACAACAAGGGCGGCUAGGGCGGCUAGGGCGGCGUAUUACUCGCAGGAGGCGCAGGGAAAGGGAAACAAGGGAGCAGAAAAUAAGAUUUGGGCUUUUGAGGAGAUCCAAACCCUGAUCGAAGAUCCCAACCGAAAGGUUAUUAUCAUCGACACCCGCGAACCAGGUGAACUCCACCAAACAGGCCGCAUCCCCACCGCCAUCAACAUCCCCAUCACCACCUCCCCAGACUCCUUUUUCAUUUCCGAAGACGAAUUCGAAGACCGCUUUGGGUUUCCCCGCCCCUCUAAAGACAGCGAAGUCGUUUUCUACUGCAAGGCUGGCGUGCGCAGUAGAGGGGCUGCGGGACUGGCGCGAGAGGCCGGGUGGGAGAAGGUGGGUGAGUACCCUGGGAGUUGGCUGGAUUGGGCGGCGAGGGGGGGCAAGGUUGAGCGUUAGGGGUCAUGAGGAUGAGGUGUCAUGAAGAGGACUGGAGGAGGGGGGAAGGAAAGGGGGGAGGAAAGGGGGGGAAGAAAGGGGGGGGAAGAAGGGGGGGAUGGGAUGAAUAUGUGAGUGGUCUUCUUAGUAGGCAGGCAUAGAAGAUGGGUCCUUGAGCGUGGCUUGCGUAGAGUAGAAAAAAAAGGAAAAGA